CCUACUCGUCCGCAUGGUUUCUCCCACCCAGAAGCACUUGGUGUUAAUCCAAAAUGGCGGCGUCCGGGAUGCAUGUAGGGCACAAGUUACACAAAAAAUGCAGAGUUUUACUCACUAAUUUUGAACUGCUGUGGGGUAAAAGGACUUUUGUUGGGAUUUCAUCUGUGCGCCUACAAGCUCUUGAUGCUACUAAAAGUGGAACAGAAUCUACAGAGCAGAUUGUCAUCCCCAGAAAGAAAGUAUGGAGCAAAGAGGCAGUGUUGGAGACUUUGGCUUCCACUGUCCGCAGAGAUCCUACAGCGUAUCCCUACCAGUUCCAGGAUGAUCCCUACCUUUCGCCCAAGAAUUUUGCUGAGUUUAAUUUAUACACUCUCUCUCAGGAGUCUGGUAAAUCUGCAGCUAAAUACUUCAUCAACAGUUACCCAAAGUUUUUCACCAAAGAUUUUGCUGAACCACAUAUACCUUGUCUGAUGCCAGAUACCAUAUCACUGCACCUUGACGAGGUGAGCGAAGCGGCGCUGAAAGAAAGGAUUAGCUUGAGAAAAGUCAAGGAUGCUGUUGACAUGUACGAUCAAAUCCUACAAGCCGGGACAUCCGUGUCCAUGGAGACGACCCAUGACCUCUUGGACCUGAUAUGUCUCUUUUGUGACAAAGACCCUGUCCAGGAGGAGGGGACACAGACAGAAUACAAUGAGGCUAUGAAGGGGUUGGAGGUGAGGAAGAAGAGAGGGAGUUUUCAUCAGUCGUCAGAAUUCCUAAAGUUGAUCUGGAGAGACCAGAACAAUGCGGAGAGAAUAUUCAACAUGUUGCCAGAGAAAGACACCCGAUGUUACUCUGCUCUCAUUAGAGGCAUGGUAAAGCAUGGAGCCUAUACCAAGGCCUUCAGCAUGUACACAGACCUGCUUAACAACCGACUGACAGCUGACGUCCACAUUUUCAACGCUCUGCUCUCAGCAGCUCCAGAAGUCAGAGACAAAUACAGCGAAAAAUGGGACCUCAUCACUGAGAUUUUAAAUCAAAUGAGUCAACAGAAAAUCCAGCCCAACCUGCAGACCUUUAACAGUAUUCUCAAAGCCAUGAGACGUUGUGGCUUUUCAGCCAAAACGUUGGUUCUGCAGGUGCUGAGUGAGAUGAAGUCGUUGCAGAUCGUUCCCAGUCUGGCCUCCUUCCACCAUGUGCUGGCUGUAUUUUACCAAGCAGGCAUGCCUGCCAAAGUCAUAAACAUUUUGCAGGAAAUUCUGUCAGACCUUGCAGGAAAAAGAUUCACCUGUCAGGACCCUGAUGAUGUUUUAUUCUUCUCCAGUGCGAUGAGAAUUUGUUUGGACAGUAAAGAUCUGGAGCUGGCCUAUGAAGUUCAACGCCUGGUGGAGGUCGGGGAGAACUGGAGGCUUAUGGGCAAUUCCUACCGACAAAAUCUUUACUACAGCCGCUUUUUCACCCUUUUGUGUAUGAUGGAGAACAUCGACGAGGUGCUGAAGUGGUACAGAGAGUUAAUUCCCUCGGUGUUCUACCCAAGGUACGAUGAUAUGAGAGCCUUACUGCAGGCUUUGGACUCGGACAGUCGUUUGGAAAUGCUGCCUACUAUAUGGAAAGAUAUUUUGACUAUGCGUCAAGAUAAUAAAUUGGAGCUGAUCGAGGAGCUUCUCGCCUUGAUGGCCAGAGACAAACACAGUCCUGAGGUCCAAGAGUCUUUUGCUGCUUGUGCCCUGGACGUGAAGAGUGUCUUCGUUGGAAACAACACAAACAGGUUCAGUCUGGAGUGGAGCAGCCCCACUCUUACACAUAUUACCUCCCUGCUGCUGCGAGCCAACAAGAUUCAAGAGGCUUGGGAAAUGAUGCAGCUCUUCAAAGCAAAUAACAGAGUUCCUUCUUAUGAGCUGUUUGAAGACUUCCUGUCUGUGUGCCGGCAAGAUGGUUCUGCCCACAGAGCCGUCGAGCUUGUCCAGCUGUCAGCAGCCUUCUGUCUGCAGGCAACACCAAGUCUGGCCAAGCGGACACUGGCUGACUUUGAUUUGAAGGAGGAGCAAAGGAUCAUAUUGUCUGAGCUUGAGACUGUCGCACAGCCUGCAGACUGAAAGAGACGUUCUCAUAUUGAUAAAGCUGAACAGUUCAGGUGAACAUAUGACAUAUUUAGGACCAUAAUAUACACAAUGUGACAAAACUCAAUCUAUAAAAGACAACUUACUUGUAGAUAAGCAGAAGAUGCAUUGGUGUGUUUGUCCUCUGGAGGCUGCAAAUUAUCAGCAACUUACUACCUUACUGCUGUAUCUUAAAGGGGAGCUGCAAUUUUUUUUGUGUUUUUUUUUUGCUUAUAAUUCACAACCCCUGUGUGAUACAAGCACCAAAAGGUGUUUCUUUUUUUGUGCAUUCUAAGUCGUAAAUAAGCACUAGCAAAAGUCUGCUAACAAUAGAGGUAAUGGGAUUUGUACAAUUCUGCCUAUUUAGCGCUCUAAAAAACAUCUAAAAACUUUCGUCAACAUUUUAUAUACACACUGUAAGUAUAUAUGUAAUGUAGUAACUGUAAUAUACGUAUUCUGGUCAUUUUAAGCAUACAGCAGCGUAUUAUUUCACAGACGCAUCACAACGUCCGCUAUUUACUUCAACAACAGAUACUACUACUACUACUACUACUAAUCAUGGUAGACUUCAUGAGAGGCAACAUUGACCACAUUGGGACAAAUGAGGAUCCAGAUCCUUAUAGUUUUUGGCAUGAAUAUAAAUAGGAUAAUAUACAAGUUUUAGAAGCUGUGUGCUAAGCAGAUACAGCUUUGGGGAAACACUCAGCAUCAUGUAGCACUAUUGCUAAGUGCUAAGCAAGAUGUACAAACUACAAACAUAAUAAAACAAUCACUUAUAGUACAAUGUCCGCUCUCAUUGGCAUGCCGAAUGAUGGGAUGUUCAUAUCUUCCCGUUUAGAUAAUUCUCACGUGGGGAGAAAAAACAAGCAUUUUUUGUGUCUUUUUCAUUAUCUCCGAGUAUAAGUUGGAUGUAAAAGUUGAACAACUUCUCGUCUUAUGUCCACAACGUUUACUAUCCAGGUGAGGUGUAUGAACUAUAAUCUAGAAUUAACUUUUACAAACUCCAGCUGCUGCUACGAUGCAACAUGUCAACACUGUAACUGCAUAAGCUAGUUAUCUCUCUGUUAUCACGGCGCCACUAAAAUAAUUUGUCUGUGUUAGCGCUUAUAAUAACAAUAUAGCUAAUACCUGGUUAAUAUUCAGGUCACAACAUGUAAAUGGAGUAUUGUUGGUGGUGUGUUUUUUUUAAGAGGGCUUUAUGGGCGCAAUAGAGUACCGGUACUUCCAUUAGCUGUAUUGUUAACCACCUCGUACUUACCGUAUUUUUUUUACUUAGAAUGUAUAAUAAUAAGAAAAACAUAUGUGUUCUUGUCUUACAUAGGGAUUGUGAAUGAUAGACAAAAUUCCCCCAAAAAGUGCAGUUCUCUUUUAAAUAUGAAAAACAUGAGUGUCAUGAACAUUACUUUUCAUUGAAUAAUACAGCAGCACAUUGUCACACUGCAUAAAAACUGAACAUGUUGACAUAAUUUUCUCUUGGCGAUAACACUAACUUCCUGAAAAGAGUGAUUAGCUAUUUCCUGCAGAAUGUCAAACAUGUUUAAAAUGUCUAAAACGCAACAAGUGUGUUUGUUUCUCUUUUGUUUUUCAAUUUCUAAAUGGCAAACCAACAAGGAGUCUUUCGAAUAAUCUGUGUAUCAUUCAUUCAUUUUUUUCCCCAUUUGAAAUCACCAGUAAAAGAAAAUGGAUACGUUUUUUUCACAAUUACUGAAGUUUUUUUUAAAGAUAAAUCGAAAAAUAAUAUUUUUCUAAUUUUACAUAUAUUAGUGUACCGGUAAUCAAAUAUGGGGUAAAAAUGCAUACCAGGCAUACAAAUGUAAUUUUUUUCCUAACAUUUGAAAUGCAGAGUUCACCCAGAAGUAGUUUAACGUGGAUUUGGGCUUGCAGCUAAAUAAACGUUAGAGAAGAAGACCGAUGAGAACUGGAAGCAGGCAUGUGCACAGACAUUUUAGGGGACAGUUGCUCAAACCAGAAAAAAGAGCAACCAUUGCGAAAACUAUACCUAAAAUAAUUGUGCAUUAUUAUUAGGAGUUAUUCUGACUAACAGAAAUCUCUACAAAGCUGACAACACAGUAAGUCUACACAUAUUCUUAGUGCGCAAGAAAAUGUACUAAUUCAGUGCGCCGCGUUUAGUUUUGAAUACACUGAAUGAAUACAGUGUAGAAAAAACAGACGUCCUCUCCUUUUUAGUGCGUAAACAAGCUAAAGAGUAUCUGAGUGCCCUCAGCGGUUAGCACUUAGCGCCGCUGGCUGAGGAUGUGCUUAUUUCUGUUUGUCAACAUGUUUGCAGGAACAUUUUUAUACCAUGAUGUUCUACACUGUAUAAUCUACAGUCUGCAUAAUGUAUUUAAUGUAAUCAAGAAAUGUUAUUCUUGCUAAUUGGACUAAAAAAUUCUGCAAAAUCAUACUGCGAGAUGCUGUAUUACUCUGAGUCACCACAAAGAGGGGAGGUGUUCGUGAGCUAGCAGGUCACAAAGUGUAUAGUGAGUGUAUGGACACCUAAAGGGGAGGCGCCAUGCAAUUCUGUCAUUCUGACGUUAGUUUUCCUGAUGAAAUAAACUAAAAUAAUAAGUCUAAAUAUAGUUUGAAUAUACUACAGCUCAUAAACUUACAAUAAAACAUGCUUUUAUUUAAUCAAAGUAGUAUAUACAACAAUCAUUUUGGGGAAAUUUUGCAGCCGUUUUUGAUGCACUCUGCCGCUGCAUUCAUGCAGUGUUUAGUGACCAGUGGCUCUCUGAGACGUUAUCGCCAGCAAAAUAAAUGUAUGUCAGAAAAUAGACUACGACCAAAUAUUAACGUAUUAACCUCCUUUUGACAAAGUCCUCAUUAGUUUUAAACCGUCACUUACGGAGAAAUUCUGACUUUUGGGCAUACAUGUAGUAUGUAAGCUUGCUUACCUCGCACAAGAAACUGUUAUUAGCUCUCCAGCCAUCCUGGCGAACCUUCCCUUCCCAUAUUUUUCUCCUUGUUGGGUUGCGGGAAAUGUAUGUGAUUGCUUCCCACAUUUUCUGUGAGUGGCGCAUCCCCACAACAGCGCAUGUUUAUACGGCAAACUCUCUUCAAUUAAAAAUAAAUGUAUAAUGAGGAAGUGCAGUGUCGCUUGUCUGCGGCUUCAAACUGGCCCUUUGACCAAUCAAUGAAGAGAUUGCUUGAAACCGGAUUGUCCAUACUUUCUUUAUACACAACUCUGAGCAGGUGCCUGUUGCUACAUUCUCUUUUUGGACAAGAAUAAAAUUCUCAGUCUGCAGAAAAAAUUGUUGUUUUUUUCAUAUUCUGACACUGAAAACCAGAAGUUGCUAUUUAAAGACUGACCUGUAAAAAGUUCAAGUUAAAGUACCACUGAUAGUCACACACGCACACAGUAGGUGUGGUGAAAUUACUCUCUGCAUUUGACCCAUGCCCUUGUUCCAUCCCCUGGGAGGUGAUGGGAGGAGUGAACAGCAGCGGUGGCCGCGCUCGGGAAUCAUUUUCGUGAUUUAACCCAAGUAGAAAAAAAUUAUAUUUAAUAAUAUGUAAAAUAAAAAAAAUGUUUUGGGUAAAAUGGUGAUUUUGUUUUUGUUGUAUGAAUUCUAAAAUGAAAAUCUAACAGUUUUUUUUAGUUAUUGCUCUUUGACACUAAAAAAAGUAUAUUAAAAAUGUAAUUUAAAUAAACCAAUCAUCUUUUUCAAUUCCCAUUUACGGAUUCAAUGACCGAGUUAAUGUGUUUUUUAUCAGUUCACUCAGUUUUCAGUUUGAUAGACGGAUGAUUAAUGAAAAAAAUAGGAGAUGUUAAUUUUUUCAGUCUUAGUUUAAAAAAAAUGAAAGUGAAAAUGUGACAUUUUUUGUUUUGGGAGUGUGGAAAAACAAAGACACACAUACUGCCGGUGACACUUUUGAGU